UCCUCUUCAACUUCUCUCUCCUUCUCCUUCUCCUUCUCCUCUUCAACUUCUCUCUCUCUCUUUCUGUAUAUAUAUAUAUAUAUCUAUAUAUAUUUACCGGUCACGCGCCGCCGGCACUAUCUCUCUCCAUCUACCAAGAUACCACCUUCUCUCUUCUCUGUUUUGAUUUAUUGAGAGAAGGAAAAAGUCUCACAGAGCGAUAGUCGUUUUUCUGGAGUAUCGAAAUUUCAAAUUUUCGACGAUUUUUUGAUUGGUUAUUCGUUCCUUCAUUGAUUUUUGAGAACGUGUAGAAGAUUUUAUUUAUUGUUUGAUAUCUUACUUGCUCUUUGUUGUGAUUUCUGAUCACAAGAGGAGAGACAGGGUUGAGAACCGGAGACUUCUGUGUACAGGAAAAAAUUGCUGUAUUUUACUCAUAUUGACAUGGAGACCGGGUCGAAUGCCGCGGCACAGACGGCGGCGCAGUCUGUGACGGCGCUGUAUAUCGGAGACCUUGAUGCGAGCGUGACGGAGGAAGAACUGAGUCGUCUCUUCGGUCAGGUAGGCGAUGUGGUCUCCGUCAAAAUAUGCACGAAUCCAACUACCGAGCGUCCACUUGAAUAUGGUUAUGUCAACUACAGCAAUCCCCAAGACGCUGCAAAAGCCAUUGAGGAUUUGAACUUCACUCCUCUAAAUGGAAAAUGUAUUAGGGUUGCAUAUUCUAAUCGAGACGCAAGUGUACGUAAAAGUGGUACAGGGAACAUAUUUGUUAAGAAUUUGGAUAAAGAGGUUGACCACAAAGCACUAUACAAUUUGUUUUCUCCAUAUGGGAACAUUAUUUCGUCAAAAGUUGAAACUGAUGCUUCGGGUCAGUCAAAGGGCUAUGGUUUUGUGCAUUAUGACAAUGAGGAAGCCGCACGGAAUGCUAUUCAGCACCGAAAUGGUGCAGUGCUGUUUGGCAAAGAAUUGUACGUAGGACCUUUUGUUAAUAAGCAAGAUAGGGAGACGUCUGACAAGACUAAGUUUACCAACGUAUUUGUUAAGAAUCUUUUUGAAUUGACAACCGAAGAAGAUUUGAAGAUCACAUUUGGUGAAUUUGGAUCAAUCACUAGUGUAGCAGUGAUGCGAGAUGAGUAUGGAAAUUCCAAAUGCUUUGGGUUUGUCAACUUUGAGAAUGCAGAGGAUGCUGCAAAGUCAGUUGAAGUACUUAAUGGCCAAAUAUUCAAUGGCAAGGAAUGGUAUGUGGCAAGAGCACAAAAGAAAUAUGAAAGAGAACGAGAACUAAAGCUUCGCCAGGAGCAGAUUGCAAAGGAGGCACAUGAAAAAUCAUUAGGCCUCAACAAUCUCUACAUAAAAAAUUUAGAUGACACGAUUGACAAUGACAAGCUCAAGGAAUUGUUCUCUCCAUUUGGUACUGUAACAUCAUGCAAGAUUAUGUGUGAUGCAAAAGGAUUAAGUAAAGGAUCAGGCUUUGUUGCGUUCUCCACAAGCCAAGAGGCUUCAAAAGCAAUUUCAGAAAUGAAUGGAAAGAUGGUUCACAGCAAGCCCCUUUAUGUUGCCAUUGCAGAAAAAAAGGAAGCUAGAAGAGCACGGUUACAGGCUAUUUUUUCCAAUAUGCGACCAAAUACAGUUGUACCUGCAGUCACUCAUAUGCCUAUUUACCCUCUUGGUGGGCCGGGCAUAGGCCAACAACUCCCCUAUGGGCGUGCUCCACAUGCUAUUCUUCCUCCAGUGCCCGGAUUUGGAUAUCAACAGCAAUUUAUUCCUGGUGUGAGGCCACCUGGAACUGUCAUGCCAAAUGUCUUGUUGCCUAUUAUUCAACAUGGACCCCAUAGUCCACGUUAUAGUGGCAGACGUCCCGGUUCUGAUGCUUUGCAGCAGACCCAACCCCCAGUUCCGCUCAUGCAUCAUCAGAUGCUUUUAAGGGGCAAUACAUAUCAUCUCCCUCUUGGAUAUGGGCUGCCUAAUGUUUCUGGGCAAGGUAGUACUACAGGCAUGCUUCCCAUCGCUCAGGAAAAUAGCUACUGGCCAAUGCAUGAAAGGAGACCUCAUGGUCCGGUUCCAGUUGGAACUCUGGCCUCUGCACUUGCAAAUGCUUUGCCUUCUGAGCAGAGGACGAUGUUGGGUGAAAGUUUGUAUCCUCUGGUAGAACAGCUGGAGCAUGAGAUGGCGGCUAAGGUGACGGGCAUGCUCCUGGAAAUGGAUCAAACAGAGGUUUUGCAUUUGCUGGAGUCACCAGAAUCUCUUAGGGCUAAAGUAGGGGAGGCUAUGGAAGUCCUAAAAAAUGCACCUCAGAGACAUGCCAGUAGCACCGCUAAUCAAUUGGCUUCACUCGUUUUGAGUGAAUGAUUUUGUGUAUUUUUGGUUUUCUCUGACUGAAAUAAAUCUUUGAAACUGUGAAAUAAGUUAAUUUAAUGCGAAUGAUUUAACAAUCAUAAGAGUUUCUUCCAGUCCAAGUGCACCAUUUUUUUCUCUUUUUUCCAUCCAUUUUAGGUUAUGAUUUUCUUAUAGGUCUUGGUGCAUUAUGUUUGUUAGUUAGAACGUGGUGCCAGUC